CUCUAUCUUUCUCCAUCCUCGUUGUUAUUUUCUUUGUUAUUUCUUGUAAAGUUAAUCACAACAUGAGUAGUAUCAACAACACUAAUGAAGUUGAGUUUGUAAACAUGAUGGACUCAUAUUCCUCUAAAAAUGAAGGUUCUGAGAACAAAGAUCUUGGCUUUGCCUUCAACAAUUCUGAUUUCUCAGAUAGAAUCUUUCUACUUGACGUCAUGAAGGAUAGCCAGCAAUGCAGUGUCUUUGAAAUAAAGACAUUGUUCGUUAGCUCUCUCAUCCUGUCGGCGAAGAGCCCGUUCUUUUACACGCUCUUCUCAAAAGGGAUGAGAGAGUCGGAGAAUAGACACGUGACUCUGAAAAUUGCUGCAUCAGAGGAAGCUCCAUUCAUGGAGAUUCUAAAUUUUUUGUACACCAAUUCUCUGAAUGUUACCUCACCACCUAUAUUGCUGGAUAUCCUGAUGGUUGCUGACAAGUUUGAGGUUGCGUCCUGCAUGAGAUACUGCACCCGGGUAUUGCUGAACAUACCCAUGACGCCGGAGUCCGCAUUGCUGUAUCUAGAACUUCCCUCUAGUGUCUUGAUGGUUGAUUCUGUUCUGCCAUUGAUUGAUGCAGCAAAGCAAUACCUUGCAUGUCGGUACAAGGACGUAACCAGGCAUCAGGAGGAGCUGAUGGGCUUGCCUUUGGUUGGAAUGGAGGCAUUACUGUCAAGUGAUGACCUGCGGGUUGCAUCUGAGGAUGUAGUGUUCGACUUCGUGUUGAAAUGGGCAAAAGCUCAAUACCCAAUCCUCGAGGAGAGGAGGGAAGUCCUCGGGAUGAAGCUUGCCCGAUUCAUACGCUUCCCGUACAUGUCUUGCCGUAAGCUGAGGACGGUCGAGACUUGCGAUGACUUCGAUCACGAAGUUGCUUCGCAAUUAGUAUCUGACGCCCUAGAUUUCAAGGCUGCGGCACCACACCGAAAACAGAUACUAGCAGCGGAGUCAGCUUCCACUAGUCGCGUAUUUAUUGAGCGGUCAUACAAGUUCCGCCCUGUUAAGGUCGUGGAAUUUGAAGUUCCGUGUCAACAGUGUGUGGUCUACUUAGACCUGACACGGGAGGAGUGCGCGAACUUGUUCCCAUCUGGCCGGAUCUAUUCAGUCCCCUUCCGUUUAUGUGGCCAGAGGUUCUUCUUGAAGGCACACUGCCGCAUGGACCAGGAGAGCUCCUACCAUUGCUUCGGCUUGUUCUUGGGCAUGCAGGAGAGAUCUUCCAGCUACGAAGUCGACUAUGAAUUUGCUGCUCGGACACGGCCAAAAGAGGAAUACAUCAGCAGAUUUAAAGGCAACUAUAUAUUCAAAUGUGGAAUGGUUGUAGGUCAUAGAAACUUGUUUUCUACACCAUGGACAUCGUUCAUGGCGGAGGAUAGCAGCUUCUUCAUCAAUGGCGUUCUCCAUCUCAGAGCUGAACUCACCAUUAGAAAUAGACUAAAUUAACAAUAAUAAAUUUAGUCUUUUAGUUGGUACCUCUGAUUUCUGCAAAUUGCAUUUGGUGGCUUCUGAAGCAAAUUUCAACAGAAAAAAAUGUCCCCACACUCUAGCUUUAUAAUAAACUUGUCCUUUCAAUCUACAUUGGGAUCAAAUACAAUUUUGUAUAAUUGUUUGGUUGAAUUUGAGUUUGAAAUGAACUUUUUUUUUAUUUAUAUUUUUGUUUA